CGUCUCGAUGCGGACAUUGCCUAGGUCACCGGCAGCCAGUGACGUCUCGAUGCGGACAUUGCCUAGGUCACCUGCGGCCAGUGACGUCUCGAUGCGGAUAUUGACCGGAUCACCUGCGGCCAGUGACGUCUCGAUGCGGACAUUGCCUAGGUCACCGGCAGCCAGUGACGUCUCGAUGCGGACCCAAUCAUCUACGGGCGGUGUGGUCGCUGUCCAGAAGCAGGGACUCUUGACUGAGAAGCAGUUUAUAUUUCCACCGGGUCAUAGCGAGAAGCAGGUGAUCAUGGUUUUGGAGUACCUCCGAACCUUGGAGGAGCUCACGGUCUCCGUGCCGCCUGACUCGACGGGACGGUGGCUGCGGCUGCUGCCGCCCUCCUUGCGGACGCUAUACGUUAAAGGACCGGGGGAGACGGGGGAGCCGCAGACUCUGGUAAGACGACCACCAGACCAUAGGCUGGUGGUCGUCAUAAUACAGGCGGGAGAUGACGUCAUCGACCAGCUAGCCAAGGAGCUGGGAUCACGGGUUACCGGGCUGAAUAUGUUCAACUGCCCGCGUGUCACUGCCGGGGCCCUGCAGAGGCUGCUGUCCGCCCUCACCGGCCUGAAAGACGUCACACUUAGCGGCACUCUGUCCGGCGCCAUCACUGACGCCUCACUGGCCGCCCUCCACGGCUGCUCCCAGCUACGUUUAAUGCAGCUGGGAACGCCCAGUGUACUCUGUACGGAUAUACCGGUCACAGCGGUCAGCAGACUGGUGGUUACCUGUCGGAGACUGAAGUGUCUGAUUCUUGACACAACGGAGGAGCUCAGUCAGUCGGUCCUGGACGCCCUGGUCCGGGUAGACCUGGGGAAAGGAGAUGACGGCAAGCCGAGGACACUGGAGUUCCAGGUCCCAGGUAAGUGA